UCAGUAGUCCGACGGUCACCCUCAAAUAAACCGUACCCCGCUCCACCUUUUCUCCCUGGCUUCGUCUCCCCUUUUGGUUUCUGAUCCCCUCUCUCUCUCGCUCGCUCUCAUAAACCCUGAUUCGGAGCGAUGGAGACACCUGAGUACUUCCACGGCGGCUUCUACCGCGGCGGGAACCCGCAGUGCGGGCCGGAGAAAAAGGCCGGCGGCUGUGGCGGAGGUGGGGAGGACCAGUUCUCCCUGGAGGACCUGCUCGACUUCUCCAACGAGGAGGAGGACGAGACGGGAGGUACGCUCGCCGCCGCCGGGAACUCGACCGACUCCUCCACCGUGACCGCCGUGGAUAGCUGCAGCAACUCCUUCUCCGGCCUCGAGCCGCAUUUCUCCAACGACCUCGUCUGCCGGAGCCUCGCCGAUGCCAGCCGUUCCGGCGACCUGUGCGAGCCGUACGAAGAGCUGGCGGAGUUGGAAUGGCUUUCUAAUUUUGUGGAGGAAUCCUUCUCCAGCGAAGACCUCCACAAGCUUCACCCCAUCUCCGGCGUUAGUUCCACCACCACCGGCUCCUCCUCUACGACCACCGCCGCGGCAGCUACCCGAGCUGAGGUCUCCGCUCACACCCAGGUCGCCGCCGGUGGCCGCGUCAACCACGUGGCCCCCUUCCGUCCCGAGGCGAUCGUCCCCGGCAAGGCGCGGAGCAAGCGCUCCCGCGCCGCACCCUGUAGCUGGUCCUCCCGGCUGCUUGUGCUCUCCCCAUCCCUGGCGACCGCCUCGUCGCCGGAGUCGGAGCUCAUCGUGCCCGCCAGCGCCGCCGCGGCCUCCGCUGGCGGCGGAGGAGGAAAGAAGGCGGUGAAGCCGGCGUCGAAGAAGAAGGACCUGACGGCAGGCACCGCCGUACCGGCGGGGGACGGGCGCAAGUGCCUGCACUGCCAGACCGACAAGACGCCGCAGUGGCGGACGGGACCAUUGGGCCCCAAGACGCUGUGCAACGCCUGCGGCGUCCGCUAUAAGUCCGGCCGCCUCGUACCGGAGUACCGCCCGGCCGCCAGCCCCACCUUCGUGGUCUCGAAACACUCCAACUCCCACCGGAAGGUGCUCGAGCUCCGCCGCCAGAAAGAGCUCCAGCAGCAACAACUCUUCCACGCCGGCGGCGUCGCCUCCUUCUACGACGGACCCAUGCCGGUGGCCGCCGUCGCCGACGACGACGACGACUUCUUGAUCCACGGCCCCGACUUCCGGCAUCUCAUCUAAUGGUGUAAUCUUAGGAGGGACCGAUCGCGUCGAGGGGCCAAACAACAAAAAAAGCUCUCGCAGCUCUCGCAGCUCUCGUAGAAAUUAAUUUAGAAGGAUUUAGGCUAUUUUUCAUGCUUUUUCCUCUUUAGCAUCUCUUCAAUGUCCUCCAUUUUUUCCUAAUCCGCUCCUUUUACUAGAAAUUAAUCUUAGGACAAAUUGAGUUGUAGCUCGAACAUUUCUUCAUUCCACACAAAAAGAAAUCAAGAAAUGAGACAACUUGCAAGUCUUUCACUUCAACCCUCUUGCUCUGUGUUGUCUAUUCCCACUCACGGCAUCUCACACAUGUAUCUUCUUCUUCUUCUUCUUCUUUCUAAAUGCAGGUCAAGUAGAUGGUGAUGGCGGAGUGCCUUCUCUCUAGAUAACAUGGGAAUGUGUUCCCGCAAAGCUUUCGGAACGUGAACGUUAAGAACAAAGGGUCACCUCUUUCGAACGGCAGUAAAGCUCGACGGGGUGCGGUCACCUCGGGAUCGUGCAUCGGUGAAGAAGGUACGUGUACCAAUGACUACAUUGGUAGGAGCGUCCUCUCGGGAUCCCAGACACUGCCGCUGAUCCUAAAGAGUGCAUUGGAUGCAUAAAGUCGAACAUCGACAACGAGGAUUAAUCCAUCCGUGGUGGGGCAGAGGGAAAGGCUAUGUAACAGUGGUCACAUGGCCGUCCACCAUUAUUCGUUGCGGGAAUAACGUGGUACCCUUUUACUGUUCCGACCACGACGAGCAGUGCCGGUCACGUCUCCGAGCACGUGCUGGCACGUGGGAUACAAGUACACGUCGUUGUCGGUGGGUGACUUGGCACUGCUUCGACUCCUUUGCAUGUGGAGAAAUGCCGUCAUGUCUGGAAAGAGGUUCUUAGGCUGA